CUCAGGCGAGAUCAGUUUAAGCGAGACAGUCGAGUGGAAAAGUUACCACAACGCGGACAAACGAAGUCAAACACUACAGCGACGCAACGUUCUUGGAAACGUGAAAAAUAAAAAAAUAUAUUACUGAACAACAAGUGUUGACUGAGAUUCUAUUUACUUAACGCGAAAAGUGAAUAUUUUUUCGGUUUUUAAUAAAGUUCAAACAGUAGCGGUAAUUGCAAGCGACAGCAAGUAAGAAGCGCUUCUUGCAAUAGUGAAAAAAUAAAUACAUAAUUAUUUGUUUAAAUAUUAAAAGCAAACAACAACAACGUUAAAGAAAUUCACACAAGUAUAGUGCCACACACGAGUUUAGUGUAAUUGCCAACGCGCGAAUUCUAGCAGUUUUCCAGCCAGCUAGCGCUUAGUGAAAGCAAACCUUGUGGCAAACAAAAGACUUAAGCACCGAACGCGAUGACCACACAAGCGCACACAACGCCGAAGAUGAGCGCGGCAAGCAGCCAGCUGCUCGCGGCCUUGCUAAUUUUCGCCACUCUGCUGUUUAGCCAGGUGGCAACACAAGAGGUCUCAACACAAAAUGAGUUCGCGCCACGCGUAACGGCCACAUGCAAAUCGGGCACAAUGAAUAUCAAAGUGAAAUUCAACGGUCCCUACGCGGGUGCCGUGCAUGCGCGCGAUCACCGCAAUGCGGCCUGCAUGGCCAUGGGCGACGGCUCCGACGCGGUGGGCUUCAGCAUAAAUCUGUUGGCGAAACAGGGUGCGCCCGAUUACUGUGGCGUGCUGGUCAGCAACGUGAGUGGUGCCAAUCGUACCGAAGAGCGUUCGAUACAGUUAGCGGUGCGUGUACAUAAAACGCUGGAAUUGGCGGAUGACAAAUUCUAUGUGAUUACAUGUGGAAAAUCUGGAUUUGGCCGCGACGACAAUUCUCAUGUGAUUUUGAAGUUCUUGGAGAAUGAUCGCCGCGUACGCGAAACGGUCUAUGGGCAUGAGUAUAAGAUACGCGCUGAAUUAGCGAAGCCAAAUGGCACCCAAGGCGUACGCGUUGCCAAUUGCUUUGCGUUUGACAAGAAGAACAACACCAUACAGCUGAUCGAUGAGAGAGGUUGCUCGAAGGACGAAAACAUUAUCUCUCGUUUCGUAACAAGCCCCGAUGGACACAGCGCUGAAGCGACGCUCAGAUCCAUGUUCAGGUUCUCAGAAGAUUCCGAAGUGCAUUUACAGUGCGAUGUGAUUCAGUGUUAUGGACGUUGCGUGGAUAAUGAAGAUUGCAAGGACCUUGCUUUGGCUGGUGUGGGUGGUGGUUCUACAAAGGGUGGCAACGCUAAAUUGGGUCCAAAUGAAGAGGGUUCCUUAGCGGGCACCACUGUGUUUGUGUUGGAUCCCGCAAAGGCAUCAUUGGUCACCGGCACUUGUGAGGACACCAUCAAUCCACCAUGGCUACUCUGGUUGGCCAUUACACUGGGCGUACUCUUCCUCAUCAUGUUGUUGAUGAACAUUUUCCUUUGCACCGCAAUGAGUUGUAGUUGUGCGAAUACCGAGAUCAUCGAAAAAGAACCAUCUAUCAUUGAAGAAUACGAUCCGUACAGAAGUUGGCACGGUAGCCAGUAUGGAUCGCGUUACUCACUGCAUGGGCGUGAUGCGCAUAAAGGCUACACAAGCGGUGGCUCGACGAUACACUCGAAUAGGUCUGAUAGAUACUAAGUUGGCUCUCAAAAAAAACAACAAAAAAAAUUUAAUUACAAAACUUUAAAACAACUACAACAAAAACAAAAUAUUGAAUGCAUUAAAUUAUGUAUGUAUAUGUUUAUGUGCUAGUAUGUGUUAAACCACACGAGCAGACAAAGGCAACAACAAAAUUGCAAGCAACAAAAAACUAGAUGGAGUUGACAAAAUGCAUGCCAGAACACAAGUUUCAGAAAUUUUGGAAAUUUAAAAAUUUUAUAUUUUUUUAAUUUUUAAUUUUGUUUUAUACUUUUUGUUUUAAUAAUUUUUGUUUUAAUAAUUUUGUUUUUUAAUUUUUUUAAUAAUUUUUUUUUUUUAAUUUUCUUAAUAUUUUAUGAAAAUUUUUUACUGCCAUUUGGGCCACUGAAAAGCAACACUCACAUACGAAAUACCACAGAGUACAGUGAAAAACUACAAAUUCCAAUACGCCACAAUGUAUGUUUAGUUGUAUGUGUAUGUGUUAAUAAUAAUAUGUAAUAUUUAACGGUUUAACAACUACCAUAAUUUUAGAGUACAAAUACUAAUGUAAAAUUAAAAACAAAAACAAAAAAAGACAGGCAACUCUUAGACGCUGUGCUGUAACUAACCAAUGGGCACAUAGUUUACUAUUUUCCACCCAAAUUGUUUUCCGCUCAAAAUAUUUUACACUCAAAAUGUAACUAUUAGUAUAUAAUAUACACAAAUCUAUAGCGACUCAACUCGAAAAAUAUUGUAACUUAUUUUCCAUAUUUGUUACUAAAUUAUAUAAUUAAUUUAUAAAUAAUUUCAAUUUUAAAAUUUUCAAAAACACUUAUGUGGUACCCACACUUUGCACACCUACUGUAAUGUCACUCAACUAUUAUUGUUUCACUUGUUCAUUACUAAACUUUAAUGUUUAAUCUAUUUUUUUUUUACUUUUUGAAAACUUUUUGUGCAAACAAUUUACAAUAACAAAAAAUAG